GCUUUAAAAAGGGAUUUCCCGAUGACCUACAACGAGGAGAGGAUCUUCAGCAUCCUCUACGGCGACUCCUACGACAGUCUGGACCUCAUCGCCGGCUCGCCCGAGGAGGCCAACAUCUGGGUCACGGGCCUCAACGCCCUCAUCGGGGCCUCCAAGUCUCCGGACGUCAUGGUGGAGAGACAGACGCUGCGAGAGACGUGGCUUCGGGAGAUGUUCCAAAAAGCCUCGAAAAACUCCACGGGCUUUAUUGACCAGAGUACUUGUAUUAAGCUAAUCAAGAGGCUCGACUCCCACGUGACUCUGGUCAGGGUCAAACAGAAGCUGCAGAUCUCCCUCUCCAGGAUCCGCUUCACCGACGUCGCCUCCGCCAGGACCAGACAAAACCACGGGGAGAUGAGCAGCCUGAGCGAGUCCUGCGCCGCCAAGCUGGCCCACACGUGCCCGGAAGAACUGGUCAACCACAAUAAGACCUUCCUCACGAGAGUCUACCCCAAUUCGUCCCGCGUCGACUCCUCCAACUACAACCCGCAGGACUUCUGGAAUUCGGGUUGCCAGUUAGUGGCGCUCAACUUCCAGACUCCGGGACAGAUGAUGGAUGUCUACGAGGGAAAGUUCCGCGCCAACGGCGGCUGCGGCUACCUCAUCAAGCCCGCCGUCAUGAGGGAGCACAUCUCCGUGUUCUCGGCCAACUCCAGGGAGACCAUUCCGGGGGUCGCGCCGCAGCUCCUCAAGAUCAAGAUCAUCAGCGGCCAGUGUCUGCCGAAGCCCCGAGGCUCUACGGCGACGAAGGCCAGUUUCAUCGACCCUUACGUCGUCAUCCAAGUGUUCGGCAUUCCGGCAGACUGCACAGAGGCCAAGACCCGCACCGUGAGCAACGACAGCAGCUUCCCGGUCUUCGAGGAGAGCUUCGAGUUCCUGAUCAACCUCCCCGAGCUGGCCAUCGUCCGCUUCGUGGUGCUGGACGACGAGUUCAUAGGCGACGACUUCGUGGGCCAGUGCACCGUGCCCUUCGUGCAUCCAGACGGGGUACCGCCACGUGCGGCUGCUGUCGAGCAUGGGCGACCGAUGGACAACGCCUCGCUGUUCGUGCACGUCUCCAUCUCCAACCGGAGGGGCGGCGGGAAGCCGCAGCGCGUGAAGGGCAGAAGGGCGGACAAGGUUCAGGCGGACAUCAAGCCGGUGGGCGUCAGAGCAGCUGACGACAUCUUCAAGGAGGCGCUGGCCUCGCUCACCGAAGCGGAGUUCGAGGAGAACAAGGUGGAGCGAGCGUGGACCGACCUGCAGGACGAGUGCGGCCUCGAGCACACGGCCAACAUGAAGCAGUGCCUCAAAGUGACCAUCUCGCGCUACAUGGCGCACCCGGACACCAACCAGCUCAGCAUACGAGAGGAGAACGGGAUUCCAUUCCUAAGGAGUUCUUGCCCAGGUCCUCUUCCCUCACAUUUACAUAAAUUAGAAGUCGCCUUAGAAAAGGUCCUCCUCGAGAUCCACCACUUCCUGAGCCACGGCGACGGGCUGCGGACCUCGCUCGAGUCGCAGCUGAAGCCCGCCCUCGGGAUGUACGACAGCCUGGAGAACCUGCUUUCGUCGCACGGCAUCAAGGGCAAGAAGGCCAACAAGGCGACGGAGAACUUCGCCUGGAACGUCAGGAUUAUCCGCGGCCAGCUGGAUCGGCUGGCGGCGCUGAAGAAGAAAUGCAAGAUGGCCUUGGAGCAGGUGGAGUCGACCAAGGCGACGCUGGACAGCCUGAACACCCGCGAGCGGUCGCCCUCGGUGCGCGAGCGGCCGCGCCUCACGCUGGCCAACCGCCACAACACGACGGAGAACCUGACCACCUACGGCAGCCUCGGCCGCUCCCCGACCACGCCAAGCAGCGAGUGCAAGCCCAAGAGCAUCCUCAAGAAGAGCAACUCCAACCUGGAGUCGAGCAGUAUCGGGUACGUGAAUGAGGACUACCUCAUGACGCCGAGUAGUUCCUCGACUGUGGUAGGGGAGGACGAGGACGCGGCCAACCUCCUGAAGCCUCCGCUGCUGCAUUCCUUCAGCUAUACACCUGGCUUCAGCUAUGAGCAAAACACAGCGCUGUAGCUUAGUAAUUAGUGUUACUAUUAUUUUUUCUCCCCACAUAAAGCAUUUGUAAUGAUUAGUGUUUACAAAUUAUAUUGCGUAUUGUAAAUAUGGUGAAGCUGCGUAAAAAACAGAUUUUUGAGCCUGUGUAUUUAUUCUUUUGUAAUUUGAUACAAGUUUUGUGUUUGUUUAUUUCGCUCCUGUUCUACUUUGUACCGUUGCUGCUGUAAGGUACAUUAUUUCCCCAUAUUGCAUAUGCUGCACAUGUAGUGUGUAAAGGAUUAUGCGUGAAUCAAUGUGCAUAUGAGGCUAUACACAGUACUGUAUUUGCAUAUAGAUCCAUGUUCAUAUUUACAAAAUGUCCAGAUUAGAUUCAUAAAUGCAUAGCUGAGC